AAAAGAUAAGUAAAUAAAACAUAAGUUGAAAUUACUUCAGUAGUGCUGUGUCGGCUGUUAUUGAAAGUGUUGAAAUGUAUAAAAAUUAUAUUUUAACUAGUUAUUUAAAUUAUUUAAGUUAGUUAAUUCUUGCAUAAAAAAUGGUCAAUUUCGUGAAAGUAAUAAGACUGAUUAUAGCAGGAAUGUCAUUUAAAUUAAACGUAGAAACUUAUAAAGAUCAAAUUGAAUCAGAAAUUAAACAAGAGUUUAUAAGUCGUUUUUUUUGUGUUCUGGGAACAGAUGAAUUUUGUGAUGCAUUUGGAGAACGAAUAAAAUCUAACAUGGUUGAUCUAUUGGAAAAUCAGUGUUCAAAAUGUUCAUUACAAAUGCAAGCUAUAGGUUCAAGAGCGAUUCCGUAUUUUAAAGAUCAAUUUCCAGAUUUAUGGAUACUUCUUGUUAAAAAAUAUCAAGAAAAAGAAAAUUCCAUAGAAUCUUAUUUUUUGAGCGCUUACGAAUGUCUUAUUAAGGACUUAAAUUGUAGUUCAUCACUUGAAUUAUUAAAAAAAGCUCUACCAGUGAUAAUAAAAUUGAAAUUUAUUCCUGGAGAAAAAGAAGUGACGAUAUUGGUUGGUCAACAGUUGAGAAUAGUGGAGAAAAAAUUCCCUUUUGUAUAUCAAGAAUUGCUGGACAAAUUUAAAGUUUCAUAACUCUAACAAUUUUGUUUAUGUAUAUGUUUGUAUUUUUAUAAAAAAAU